AUGCGAGCGGCCCAAGGACGACUGGCAGAUAUGAGAGUGGUAAUCGUGUGUGCCCUCCUAUCCCUCCUCUCUUUGUCACAUGCCUGUCCAAAGGAGUGUAGCUGCAACAGCAACACCAAAGUAGUAGACUGCCGGGGUCAAGGCCUAUAUGACAUCCCCCGACGACUGCAUCCAGACACCCAAGAACUGUAUCUCCAAGAUAACCGUAUCAGGGGGCUGGGAUCGAUGGCUUUCAGAGAAAUACCCCUUGUCCGCAUUGUCGAUCUAUCUAAUAACUCUAUAACAUCUGUCUCACCAACUGCUCUGCUGGGUCUCAGGACUCUACAGCGCCUCAGCCUAGCCUACAACAGCCUGAGAGAGCUAGACAAGCGGUUGCUCGGACCUACUCGCUCGCUUUCACACCUUGACCUCUCACACAACAGCCUGUGGAGUUUGCCUGGAGCCAUGGGGGACAGUCUGAGGAACCUUAGCCACCUGGGGCUAGCACACAACAGGCUAACACGGUUGGAUCGUUCCCUGUUAGAGGCCCUGACCCGCCUGGACAGCCUCACACUACGAGGCAACCCCUGGAGGUGUGACUGUCAGCUCAUAGGCCUCAAACUCUGGCUGGAGACGUACCUUUUUAAAGGUGGAGUGGUAGAUGAGGUGCUUUGCUCCCACCCAGAAGAAAUGAGAGAGAGAGACCUGCAGAAAGUCCCAUACCAGCUCUUUCAUGCCUGCAUGACCACAAGCUACCAUUACCUGUUUGCCAACAUACACCACCUGGAGUCUGAGAGACUACUGCGAGGGCACACGCAUGGCAACCAUGCUCAUCCCUCUAGUCAUGCUCUCCAUGUCCCCAUGGCAAUGGGGGAGGGCUUUGGUGGCGGGGGAGGAGGAGGAGGAGGGAGUUUGCCCGAGUGUGAAACUAAGCAGAAGCAGCGGCCUGUCAACUUGCGCCACGCUAUUGCCACAGUGAUCAUCACGGGCGUAGUGUGUGGAAUCGUGUGUCUGAUGAUGCUGGCUGCAGCAGUGUAUGGCUGUGCCUACGCUGCUAUCAUGGCCAAAUAUCAGCGGGAGCUAAAGAAGAACGAGGAGUUGGCAGCAGUGCAGGGGGCAGAUCAUGCCACAGCAGAUGAGAAGGAACCACUGGAAAAUGCUAUUGCCUAG